AUGGAUUUCGAGACGAGAAUGAGAAAGGUUAUUAAAGAAUUAGUAGUUCCGGUUAUUGAAAGAUAGCAGGAAGAUAGAUAAAACAUCUUGAAGCUCAAGUAAUCUAAGAAAAGCCACGAUGAUAAAAUCAGUACACUUGAAAAUACUAUUUUCAAGUCAAAAGACACCAGUACUAUAUUCGAUGAUUUCGAGUAAAAAUUCAUCAAAUUCGAGGUAAAUAUCAAACAAGACAUUGAAAGACACCAAGGCGAAAUAGAUGCUCGAUUCGUUGUGGUAGAUGAUAGAAUAUUUGAGACAAAUAACCGAAUAACAUCAAACGACAUUCUGAAAUAACAGUUUGAAGUGUUUCAGGAGAAGCAGUCUCUCUUUGACGAGUAAAUGUCGAGGUACAAACAUGAUUUAAAUGAUGAAUUCACAAAGUUAAAGCACGACUACAACACAAACUAUUUUGAGGUGUAAAACUCUAUUAGGCAACUGACCAAUAAAUUCAAUAAUCUAUAACCUGAUAUAGAAGAAAUCAAAUACUAGAUUAAGACAAUUUUUGAAACGAUGUAAUCACUAGAGAGUAAAAAUGAUGAGACCAAUCGACAGAUGAUAAUGAUGGAUCAUAAAAAAAUAAAUAUGGUUUCAUACAAAGAAGAUAUGAAGGCUGUGAAUGAUCAGUUAAAUUUCUUAUCAACUGAAAAUGAUGAAAACAAAAAUGCAAAUAAAUCAUUAGAGAAUUGGGUUGAAAAGUAUCAACCUCUAAGAAUCCAAAAUUAGAUAUCAGAGACUUUGAAGGAAUGCCUAAAUAGAAAGGGCAAAAUGAAGUUAAUCGAUUAUGACUAUAAAAUAAAUGAGGUAUUGAGAUAGAAAAUUCUUGAUGAUCAUGGAAACCCAAUGCUAAAAGAGAAAGUUUUAGAUCUAAUGACCAGAUAUGAAAGAGAAAGUGUUGCUACUUCUAAUAAUAAUUUGGUUUAGUAAAUGGGAGAAUCGCUUGUUGGUAGUUUUCAAAAGCAAAGAGAGAGCAUGAUUAGCAAAAAGAAUAUGACCUUUAAUGGAAGCAUAUAUGGGAUGAAAAAGCAAAGCAUAAAGCAAGAUGAUGAAGAUUCUGAAAAUAUAGACGAUUUGAGAGAAUAAUUACAUAAUGCGACCAAUUAGUUGAUUUAAGAUGCUUUUAAGAUAUAAAGUGCAAAUAUAGCGAAAGAAUUUGAAAGAAUUCAAGCAGAUUAAAAAGUUUUCUUUGAUAGAGUGAUCUCUAGAGUUGAUGACCUAUAAUCUUUAUAAAAUGACAUGAAAGAUGAAUUAGAUCGAUAAAAUACAAGACUCCAAUAAAAUCAGAGCGAUAUGCUUCAAUACAAUAAGGCUAUAAUGACUUAACUUAGGAAGAUUAAAUCUGAGCAAAUAAAUAUAAAUGAAGACAUACUUAAUAUUGGAACUAUUAUUCAAAUACUUUAAGAAACUUCACAAUAACUUUAUAGUUAUCUUGAGACAUAGCAUCACUAAUAGAGUGAGUAAAUAAGAUAAGACCCCAAUGGCUUGUAUCUUGUCUCAUCAAAGCAAGCUCUACAUUAAUCUAAUCAAACACUAAAUAUUGAUAACAUAAGCUUAAACAAAGCUUAAGAAAGCCUUAAAAGAUGCGGAAUAUUAUAAUAUAAAAGAGGAGUUAAAGCAUAAAGAAAUUUCACUUAGUCAACUGAUCCUAUAUCUCUAAAGGAAGCAUUAGCUUCUUAAAGGAAAUAGAAUCAUAAAAAGAAUACUUCAAUUGCUGAAAUACCAAAAUUUAACUCAAAUGAUUAGCAAAGAUUUCAAACUGAGAUUAGAACUGCUUUAGCAGAUGUGGAAAAAUCAAGAGCCUAAUAUUAGUCGUAGAUUUCUGGUACAAGCUUAAUGAUGGAUAGCAGUGAUCAUGCUUUUGGUGGAAGAUCCUCAAGAGAUCCAUAAAUUCACAAAAACUCCUAGGUGGAAGUAGGUUUUGGGGGUGAUAAGAAUAUCAAUAAUUCACAUCUUUUCAUAGAUAGCUAGGAGUAUGGGGAGGUAAAUUAACACUCAAAUCAUUCUUAAGACUUAUAAAUUGGAUUGAACAGUAUUAAAAUCAAUGAUUAGGUAACAUAGAGUCAAUAUCAUCUUGGAAUAUUUGGAAGAAAAGCAGCAGCAAUAUAAAACUCUAAGGUAGCUGGUGGAACAGCAACUGGUCGCAAUCUCUAAAUGAUGAAUUCUGGAAGAAAUCAUAGAAAAGGUGAUUCUUAUGAUAUUGAAAUUGAUAAAAUUUAUUCGGGGGGUGGUAAUGCCUUUAAUAAAAAUGGUAAUCUAAAUAUCAAUGAUACUUUGGAUUCAUUUAGAAUGAAGAACUCACCUAUGAAGACCAGAAGGAAUAAUAUUCUGGGCCAGAGCUCAAUCUUUCCAGAAAUUUCUAAUAUAUGA